GGGCCUUGUGGACACUAGUUACGGAAGCCGGGGGAGGCCUGAGCGCGGUGUCCACCUCGGGGAAGUUAGCGGCGGCAACCGGUGUAGUAAUUAGAAGCGAGAGGUUGCGGCCGUGAUGGCGUCCACGGGAGCUAGCGGCAGCGAUGGGAAAGGACAAGGGGUGGCGAAGUCUGUCACCUAUUAUCGUCUGGAGGAGGUGGCGAAGCGCAACUCCUCGAAGGAGAUAUGGCUGGUGAUCCACGGGCGAGUCUACGAUAUCACCCCUUUCCUUAACGAGCAUCCUGGUGGAGAAGAAGUUUUGCUGGAACAAGCUGGUGCAGAUGCAAGUGAAAGCUUUGAAGAUGUAGGGCACUCCAUUGAUGCCAGAGAAAUGCUGAAGCAGUACUAUAUUGGCGAUGUGCAUCCGAAUGAUCUUAAACCUGAAAGUGGUAGUAAGGAUCCUUCGAAAAAUGACACGUGCAAAAGUUGCUGGUCAUACUGGAUUUUACCCAUCAUAGGCGCUGUUCUCUUAGGCUUCCUAUAUCGUUACUAUACUUCGGAAAGCAAGUCCUCCUGAGGAGAUCUUAUUGAAGUCUGGAAAGUAUAUCCACUUGGGAGUGAGAACUAGAGACUUGUUUGGAGGCUGCAGUGGUGCCCUCUUUCUGAAUCCUACCAGUUGUAUUUUCUCUUUUGGAGCGAGAUGGCUGGCCAGAUACCCACCUCAGACCUGACCCAUGUCUUUCAUCUCUGAGCCUUACUCCUAAGCACCUGCGCAUUAUUCUCAGUCCUUGCCUGAGUUUUCUCUUCUCUCAGUUUUCUUGUGUACCUUUACAUUUCAAAACUUGAGUUUCUAAUUGCCGUCCAUAUUUUUUAGACUAAUUGCCAAUUGUUAAAAUGCUUUCCAAUAUUUUAAGUGCAUACGAGACUUUCUUAACAGGGUAGCACAUUCUUAUCUGUAAGCUUUUUUUGGUCCAUCUUUCUUUUAAAUGAUUAAUAUAGAAUUCUGGCUUAAUUAUUUACCAGUGCAGAUUUAAUUCAUUAAGUGAAGUUGCACAUCUGAUUUAAAAUGCUACUGCCAAAUGACAGUCCAUGUUUCUAUUUGUUAAAACCUUAUGAUCAUAUCCUUCCUUCCAAGUUAGUAUGGCAGGUAGCUCUUGUUUCCAGGUGGUUCAUUCCCAAAAUGCUGGACAAUACUUCUCUUAUUUAUGUGGAGUGGAGAGAAACAGAAGAAGAAAAGAUGAUGAAUUUUGGGGAUAGGGAGAAUUACAUAAUAAUCUUUCUUUUGAGGAAUAUUAGGACAUAAAGCACCAAAGACUCUAGCCUUUGAUACUAGUUUCUAGUGUUCUUCCUCCCCACACCUUUUAUUGCUAAAAAAAAAAAAAAAAAAAAAAACUUGUAAUGAUGUACAGCUGUAUCUGAAAGUGUGAUGCAUUUCUACUUACUGACUAGCAGAAUUCUUAUUCCCUGUUUACAAGAAACUUCAAAUUGACCAGAGAUAGAAUAUUUGACCUUUUGUUUGGCUUGUAAAGUAAAAUGACUUUAUAGAAAAUGACUUUCAAAAGUGGGAGAUGCUGAUAAGAGAUUAUUUCCAUUUUAUCUCUAUUUUACCUCAUGGCUCCAAUUUGCAGUUUUGUUCUGUUUUUCUGUUGAGAAUAAAAGAUACUGAUAGCUUCCCCACCCCAUCAGGCGAAUGUUUUAUUGAGAAGUAGAUUAUUAUUUAGUGUUAUGUUACUGUUUUUUGCUUUCGGGAUUUUUCUGGCAUAUUUACUUUUUUUUUUUUUUUUUUUUUCCUGUGUAAGUUCCUGAUUCUGCCACCAUCUGAUGAUUUUCAUUUUUUCUUCCUCCCUAUUCUUUGAGCAUUACUGUUUGUUUCUGAGUGUUAAGUACAGUAGGGAGCAACUUAGUUCAAGAAGACUCAUGGAUACUGUUCAAUAUCUCUUCCCCCUUCCAGCUUGCCAGACAGUUGACAGAACAGGAAACUUUGCAGUAAACCAGUGUCUGCUCAUGAAAGCUAUUUAAGAAAAAGUUCAGCCCAGGUCUUGUAUCCUGUGAUUUAGCAGUUGAGUAAAUUCAGAAUUCAUCAAAAUUUUAACCCUGUACUUGAACACCUGGAUAUGACCUUAAAGAGUAAUUUUAGGAAUUUUUAGUUUGAUUUUUAUAUAUUGGGGUUCUGAAUGUGGUCAAAUUUUUUAUCUUUUAGAAAAUGUUUUUUUUUUUUUUUUAAAUGGGGUUGGGGGAGGUAGCAUAAGUUUAUAAAAAGAGACUCAUGUCUGAUGCUCUGAAGUUCCAGAUUCAGGCCCCUGAACAAACAAGUGUAUAUCCUCUUUUUAAAGAAAAUGUUUUUGUGUAUUAGAAGAUGUUACUUGAAGACUUUUUUUUUUUUUGCCUCUAGGGUUAUUGCUCAGGCUCUGUGCCUGCAGUAGGAAUUCACUGCUUCUGGAAGUCUUUUUUUCCAUUUUUGUUGCCCUUGUUGUUAUGUUGCCAUUGCUGUUGUUGGAUAGGACAAAGAGAAAUAGAGAGAAGACGGGAAGACAGACAAGGGGAGAGAAGACCUGCUUCACCACCUGUGAAGCAACCCCCCUUGCAGGUGGGGAGCCGGGGGCUUGAAACUGGAUCCUUACGCUGGUUGGUGCCAUACAUGCCAUGUGCACUUAACCAACUGGGCUACUGCCCCCCCCCCCCUUUAAGUUAGUUUAAUAUGUAGAGAGUGGUAUGAUUGGAUACUUUUCCAUUUGAAUAUAAAGGUUACCUUAAGUAGGAAUUGUCACAUAAUUGUUACAGCAAUUAAGUUGCAUGACAUGGGGUCAUCUUUGUUUUAGUGGUUUUCUUUACUUUUUUGUUUUGUUUUGUCUUUUGCAGUUUAUUGCUCAUCUCUGCCUUAAGGUCAUGUUGGGGAUUGGACCUGGAAACUCAGAGCCUCAGGAGGCAUUAAAGUUUUGCAUAGCUGUUAUGCUGUCUCCCCAGGCCACCUUUGGUAGAAGUAAAGGAUAAAGACUUAGGGAGCUGGCAAGGGAACUUUCAAGCUAAAACCAGUGAGAAAAUGAAAAGUACUCUGGGUACUGGAUGGAUUUCAUGGAUGGUAGUUAGAAUCUCCAAAAUUGAAUGCAAAUCAUCUGGCCUACAAGAAACAUUAAAGGAUAGUUGUCUUCAGUAAAAUUGUGUUUUUGAUACUUUUAGGGUAAACUAUCCAAAAAGUAUGUUUGGUUUUUUGUUUGUUUGUUUUUUUAAUUUUGUAUUGGUUGCCUUUUCUGUUUAUAGGUAAACUUUUUCUUACUCAGAGCCAGAGGAAAAAAAAAAAGGUUUUCAUACUAUAUAACAACCAUUCAUGAAAUCUUAGUACCCAGGCUUCUGAACUCUACAACAAAUGCGACGUCACUGUGUUAUAGAAACUGCUUUUAGGGGAGUUGGGUGGCAGCUCAGUGGGUUAAGCGCACGUGGCACAAAGCACAAGGACCGGCAUAAGGAUCCCAGUUCAAGCUCCUGUCUCCCCACCUGCAGGGGAAUUGCUUCACAGGCAGUGAAGCAGGUCUGCAGAUGUCUGUCUUUCUCCCUCUCUGUCUUCCCCUCCGUUCUCCACUUCUCUCUGUCCUAUCCAACAAUAAUGACAGCAAUAACAACAAUACAAUGAUCAACAACAAGGGCAACAAAAAGGAAUAAAUAUUUUAAAAAAAGAAGAAACUACUUUUACUUUUACUUACUAUUAUUACUUACUUUUACUUACUAUUAUUCUGCUACCUAUAUAAACAGCCAGAUUUAUUGUUUAGCUUUUCUAAACAGUAAAGUAAUACAGUAUGUUAGCCAAAUCUAUCUAAAAGGACAUUUGUUUUUAGAGGUGUACUCAGAUUCUCAAAAUAGUCUUGAGGUUGGUAGGUUUUGAAAACCCCACUGGAGAGCAAAUGGAGCCAGUCCCAGUUGGCUGACUAUGGCCUCUGGAGCAGGUCUCUGGGGAUGUUUAGUUAUUUAUUUCCAAGGAGCACUAACUACUGCUGCACACCAUACAGUUUGAUCUCUAGAGGAGGAGGUGAGAGAAUGUCUAUGCCACUGAAAUAGGGAUGUUAAUGACAGGUCUCCAAAACUUCCCAGCUUCUGUCUCUAUAAGAUGUGACUUUAAUUUCCAAAUAAUUUCUGUAUUUUGAAGACAAAGUGGAGGGGACAAAGUUUAUAUUGUGUUUAGGUCUUAUGGGACUACUUAGGCAGAAAUAAAAGUCUAUUGGAGGGCUGGGGAGAUACCUUUCCAAAUAAUGUUAUGCAAAAAGAACCCAAGGCUCCAAGGUUCUAGGUUUAAUCCCCAGCACCACCAUAAGCCAGAGCUGAGCUGGUGCUCUGGUAAAAAAUAAAAUAAAAAUCCGUUGACAUCUAUAAUUGGAACCUGUGGAGUUCUUUUAGCAGCUGUCAUGUAUGCAUCUGUUAUGAAAUAAGGUAAUUGUUGAGUUCAUAUGCAUUUACUUCUGAUGUGGAGCAAUGCAAAAUAUUUUCAGGCCAGGUAUAUUAUUACUUACGGCAUUUCAUGCUUAAAAAUCUCAUGUGAUAUAUAUCUGAUUAAACUCCAUUUUAGGAGAUUGAAAUGUAAAACAUUUAACGUUCACUACUUCCUUCCCCGGGAGAAAUGAAUUCAGACAUGUCUUGUCUCAACAAGAAAGAGUGGGUUUUUUUUUUUUAAAUCAUUUCAUUUCUUUUGCCAAAUAUCACAAAAGUAGUGGGGAAUUCAGCCACAUUUGGCUGUUGUCCUCUGAAAGAGCCCAGUUUGGAAUUUGUGGGGGUGAUCUCAGAGGGCAGUUAGUUCUAAGACAUAGAAAGGAAGUUGUCAAGUUACCCGCCCUCAUCUAAAAUCUCACUUGUGAGCUUUCGGAGCUGCCCUUUGUCCACACCUAUAUUCCGUACUUGCUGUUUGCACAGAAAGAACAUUACUAUGAUUAUUUAACUUCCUUCUUAGUUCACUCUUCACAAGUAGAUAAAUAAUAUUAACAUUCCUUUUGUGUAUUCAAUAAUGAAGUUUGUUUACCUAUUUUAUUUCAGCAUAUUUUGGACAAAGAUCUUUGUCUUUGCUAGAAUUGCACACAGUGAAUGUUUGUUAAAACUACACACAAUAAAGAUACUGUUUUUCUUUUCUUGCCUGGA